AUGUAUGUGGUAAAGGAUUUAGACAGCGUAGUAGUUUACAGAUUCACAUGGGAGAUAUACGUACAUACGGGAGAUAAACCUCAUAACUGUAAUGUAUGUGGUAAAGGGUUAAGCCAGCGUAGUAGUUUGAAGAGACACAUGAGAAUACACACAGGUGAUAAAUACCAUGAGUGCGAUGUAUGUGGUAAAGUUUUCAGUCAGCGUGGUCAUUUACAGCUUCACAUGGGAACACAUACGGGAGAUAAACCUCAUAGCUGUGAUGUAUGUGGUAAAGGGUUUAGUCUGCUUGGUCUGUUACGUAGACACAUGAGAAUACACACAGGUGAGACACCUUAUGACUGUGAUAUUUGUGGAAAAGGGUUUAAUCAGCAUUAUAAUUUGCAGAUUCAUAUGAGAACACACACAGAGGAUACACCUCAUGAUUGUGAUGUAUGUGGUAGAAGAUUUCGUCUGAUUGGACAAUUCCAAAGACACAUAAUAAUACAUGCAAGUCAUAAACACUAUGACUGUGAUGUAUGUGGUAAACGGUUUAGUCAGCAUACAUAUUUACAGAAACACAUGAAAACACAUACUGGUGAUAAACCGCAUGGCUGUAAUGUAUGUGGUAAACGGUUUAGUCAGCGUACAUAUUUACAGAAACACAUGAAAACACAUACUGGGGAUAAACCGCAUGGCUGUAAUGUAUGUUACAAAAAGUUUAAACGUCCUAGUAAUUUAAAACUUCACAUGACAAUACAUACAGGUGAUAAACCUCAUGAGUGUGAUGUAUGUGGUAAAUUGCUUAGUCGGCUUGCUUAUUUACAAAAAAACAUGAGAACACAUUCAGGUAAACAACUUUAUGACUGA